GGGCACCCGCCCGCCCAACUAAAAAUACCCGUCCCUAUCACCUUCCUCCUUCAACCAGAAAAAAAUCGACCGCGAUGGUGUGUUGAACAACACUGCUCGCAACACAGAACAGAAGCUCCACAUCCCAGUACCCAAAAUAGUUCAAACAUAAAACCCCAUCUUAUCCUAAAUUUAUACUAGCCCUAAAUUCCAUCAUCUAACUCAAUCAUCUGCGACGUCGUUUAAGCUCAGCUAGGGUUUUCUCUCUCUCAUUUUUUCCGCAAAAAAACCUGCCAAUUAAUCAGAUAUGUCAAAGAGAAAGUUCGGAUUCGAAGGUUUCGGCAUAAACCGCCAAUCAACGUACAGUUUCGAGCGAUCUCAACCUCCUCAACGACUCUAUGUCCCUCCUUCUUCCCGCAAAGGCCACGACAACUACGAAGACACCGACAUCGACAACAUCGAGUACGAUGACGAUACCAGAGAUGAAGCUAACAACAAUAACGACGGUGAUGGUGGUGGUGCUGAUAAGGAAGAGGAAAUCGAUCCUUUAGAUGCUUUCAUGGAAGGGAUACACGAGGAGAUGAAGGCGGCACCACCUCCGAAGCCGAAGGAGAAAGCAGAGGAUAGGUACAGAGAUGAUGAAGAGGACGAUCCAAUGGAGAGUUUUUUGAGAGCGAAAAAGGAUUUAGGGUUGACGCUUGCAUCGGAAGCGCUGCAUGCUGGAUACGAUUCUGAUGAGGAGGUUUAUGCUGCUGCUAAGGCUGUGGAUGCUGGUUUGAUAGAGUAUGAUUCCGAUGAUAACCCUAUUGUUCUUGAUAAGAAGAAAAUUGAACCCAUAACUCCUCUUGAUCACACUUCCAUUGAUUAUGAGCCUUUCAAUAAGGAUUUUUAUGAGGAGACGCCUUCAAUAUCAGGUAUGAGCGAGCAAGAUGUAAUUGAUUACAGGAAGAGUUUGGCAAUCCGAGUAUCUGGUUUUGAUGUUCCUAAGCCAGUUAAAACAUUUGAAGAAUGUGGGUUUGCUCCACAAAUUAUGGCUGCUAUAAAGAAACAAGGUUAUGAGAAACCCACUUCUAUACAAUGCCAAGCUUUACCGGUUGUGCUUUCUGGAAGAGAUAUCAUUGGCAUAGCCAAAACUGGUUCUGGUAAAACUGCUGCUUUUGUGCUUCCUAUGAUUGUGCAUAUCAUGGAUCAGCCAGAGCUUCAGAAGGAGGAAGGUCCUAUUGGAGUGAUAUGUGCGCCUACUAGAGAAUUGGCACAUCAGAUAUAUCUCGAGGCUAAGAAAUUUGCAAAAGCAUACGGUAUACGUGUCUCUGCUGUCUAUGGUGGAAUGUCAAAACUUGAACAAUUCAAAGAACUUAAGGCAGGCUGUGAGAUUGUCGUUGCUACCCCUGGGAGAUUAAUAGACAUGCUAAAAAUGAAGGCAUUGACAAUGUUGAGAGCAACUUACCUAGUGCUUGAUGAGGCUGAUCGAAUGUUUGAUCUUGGAUUUGAGCCACAAGUAAGGUCCAUUGUUGGUCAGAUUAGGCCGGACCGCCAAACUUUGCUAUUUUCUGCAACAAUGCCUCGCAAAGUCGAAAAGUUAGCCAGGGAAAUCCUUUCAGAUCCUGUCAGGGUGACAGUGGGGGAGGUGGGGAUGGCAAAUGAAGAUAUUACUCAAGUUGUUCAAGUAAUUCCUUCUGAUUCUGAGAAACUGCCGUGGCUUCUGGAGAAACUGCCCGAAACGAUUGAUCAAGGCGAUACGUUAGUUUUUGCUUCCAAAAAGGCCACUGUGGAUGAAAUUGAAUCACAGUUGGCUCAGAGAAGCUUUAAAGUUGCUGCCCUGCACGGUGAUAAGGAUCAAGCUUCUCGUAUGGAUAUUUUACAGAAGUUUAAAUCUGGCACCUACCAUGUGCUAAUUGCAACUGACGUUGCUGCUCGUGGUCUUGACAUCAAGUCAAUUAAAACCGUGGUAAACUUUGAUAUUGCUAAAGAUAUGGACAUGCAUGUCCAUCGCAUUGGAAGAACAGGCCGUGCUGGUGACAAGGAAGGAGUUGCAUACACUCUUAUAACUCAAAAAGAAGCACGGUUUGCUGGCGAAUUGGUAAAUAGCUUAGUUGCUGCUGGUCAGAAUGUGUCCACGGAGUUGAUGGAUCUUGCUAUGAAGGAUGGGAGAUUCAGGUCGAAACGCGAUGCAAGAAAAGGAGGUGGAAGAAAAGGCAAAGGCAGAGGUGGUGGUGGUGCAGGUGGCAAAGGCGUGCGAGGAGUGGAUUUCGGCUUGGGCAUUGGAUAUACUGCAGAGCCAAACAAUGCACCAUCUAACACAGUUCCAAGUCGAUCUGCUGCUGUAAAUUCUCUGCGAACAGGAAUGAUGUCACAAUUUAGGAGUAACUUUGUUGCUGCAUCAUCAAACUCUCAAAAUGAAGGAUUCAGUAAUAAUACAAGCAUAACUGUUAAUAAGAGACCAGCACUCGCUGGCUUUGUAUCUGGUGGGUCAAUUGGCGGCGAUAUAAAUACUCAUCAGCAUACUGCUUCAUACAAUCCUGCUACAUCAGCUGCAAAUUCCACUAGUCAAAGUUCCGGAGUAAAUCCUGGUCAGAACAGCACAAACAGUUCUAAACCUAGAGAAAGGAGAAGGCCAUCAGGUUGGGAUAGAUAGUUCGUCUCAUUUGAAAUGGUGCCACUGUCAAAUGUAUGAGUGCUAUUGAUUUGAUGUGGCUUGUAUUAUCAUUGCACUAGUUUCCAAUCACCUAUAAUUCAGUUAUAGAAAGGCUUGAGGUUUGUUUGGUUCUAAUGUAUUAAAAGCCGUUUUGCACACUAAAGGAACCAAGCCUUAUCCUAGUCCGGUCACACAGGUGUCUUUUUUUGUUGUUCAUGAGGAAAGAGAGAAAACAGAGCAAAAUUACACCUUAUGGAAACAGGUUCCCAUAGUAUCAGCCAAAACAAGUUCCCAGAAGAUCUUUGUAUAUUUGAAUUUGCCACAAUGUAGUUGUUUCUCUAAUAGGCAAAUGUUUGUUACUGUCCUAUUUUAGAUGAAUUAUGGACUUCUUUCUCAAAAUCA